UAUUCAAUGAUUUUGCAAGUUGAAGUGUCAAAAUCCUGAUUACGCAUUUUCAUGCCCAAAAUCAUAUAACUUUCCUAUAUAAAACUGUAAAGUUGCAUUACAUGUAAAUUUUCGUGAGCUUUCCCUUACCUGAAGGCCCCCAUAGAGAGAGAGAGAGAAUCAUCUAUCAGUCUUUUAAGAGCGAAUCAAGUUCGUAACUGACAGCAAAAACUGAAGGUCCAAUCCCAAGGGAGUGUGGCACGUGCGAAUACCAAAUUAGAAAAAAAAAAGUGAUUUAAGAACCAAACUGCUCAAGUGGCUAUCCUCAAACCGUUGUCGUUAAGAUAGAGAGAUUUAGUUGUCACUCAAUAAAUACUGAUAAGAUAAGUAUAUUUAUCCAUAGAUAUAGACGCAACAGUUUGAUGAAUGAAGAUAGAUUUGGUUUCUCUUUGAUGCGGACGGAACUGGCAAUGUACGAACCAAUCAAAAGCACCGACGAAGGUGAUCAAUGGCGUGAGAAGAAAGACAUUGAGUCCGCUUCCUCUCUCCAGAUUUCUUCUCAUCACCGCCCUUAUCUCCCUUCCGACAAGGAACGAUUAGUUUCUCUCGACGUCUUCCGUGGCCUUACCGUCGCCCUGAUGAUACUUGUGGAUGAUGUUGGAGGGAUCUUCCCAGCUAUUAACCAUUCACCUUGGGACGGUGUAACGCUUGCUGAUUUCGUCAUGCCUUUUUUCCUUUUCAUUGUCGGUGUCUCUCUUGCCUUUGCUUAUAAGGUGAACUUGUCAUGCAAGUAUGCUGCAACAAGAAAGGCUUUGCUUCGAUCCUUUAAACUCCUUUCACUUGGUCUUUUUCUCCAAGGGGGAUUCAUUCAUGGCCUCAACAACUUAACAUAUGGAAUAGAUAUAGAGAAAAUUAGAGUCAUGGGCAUAUUACAGAGAAUAGCGAUAGCAUACUUAGUUGCAGCACUGUGCGAGAUUUGGUUUAAAGGAAACCAUAAUGUCACCUCAGAGCUAUCUAUGAUCAAGAAAUACAAAUUUCACUGGGUGGUGGCAUUUGUUAUUACAACAACAUAUUUGUUCAUGCUAUACGGCUUAUACGUGCCAGACUGGGAAUAUCAGAUUUCAACACAAGACCAAGGAUCAACAACAUUCUUGAAUGUGAAGGUGAAAUGUGGGGUAAGAGGAAACACUGGACCAGGCUGUAAUGCAGUUGGAAUGCUUGACCGUAUGUUACUAGGGAUACAUCAUCUCUACAGGAAACCUGUAUAUGCACGGACCAAGCAAUGCAGUAUAUAUUCUCCACACAAUGGGCCAUUACCUCCAGGCGCUCCUUCUUGGUGUCAAGCGCCUUUUGAUCCCGAAGGCGUUCUCAGUUCCUUGAUGGCCACCGUUACAUGCCUAGUGGGUUUGCAUUACGGCCAUAUUAUCAUCCACUUCAAGGAUCACAAAAGGCGUCUGAACCAAUGGAUUUUACGUUCUUUUUGUCUUGUGAUGUUAGGUCUCGCACUUGACCUCUUUGGAAUGCAUCUAAACAAACCUCUAUACACACUGAGUUACGUGUGUGUCACGGCAGGCGCUUCUGGAUUUCUGUUCUCCACUAUAUACCUAAUGGUUGAUGUUUAUGGAUACAAACGAGCAAGUCUUGUGUUACAGUGGAUGGGAAUACACGCCUUGCCGAUCUACGUUCUCGUUGCAUGCAAUCUUGUCUUUCUAAUCAUUCAUGGGUUCUACUGGAAGAAACCUACUAACAAUCUCCUUCAUUUGAUAGGAAUUGGAAAGUGAAGAAGAGAAAGGAGGUGAAACAAGCGUAUGCCAAGAAACAAUAGUCAUUAGCCAUCUUCAUCUUCUUAUUCCAUUGUCUUCCCAUAUUCAUUCAUUCACCUAUAAAAUCCAAUCUAUUCUAGUUUUGUAAAUCGAAUCUCACCAUGUUUUUUUGCACAUUUUCUGCUUAUAUCUUUAUAGUAUUUUCAACCA